UAGCCAACAGCUAGGUGUACAGCUGUCGAUAGAUGUGUGAACCACGUAUUUUAGAUACUACCACAUUUCAGUAUUGCAGCUAAACGUCGUACUCCAAAUUUGAUUCAGAGCACUGCGGGACGAGUAUAAGGAUGGACCUACAGAAGAUUAUCCACGAUGCAUUGUAUGAUUUCAUCCAGUCCCACAUACCCGAUGCAGAUACAAGCACACUUGACGACGUUCUCCUGUCGUACAUCACGGGCGUUUUGGAGGACCUUGGCUCGCAGGAGAGCGUGGAGGAAAACUUUGACGUUGAAGUAUUCGUCGAGAUGCUGGAGGCAUACAUCCCCGGCUUUGCUGAAAUUGACAGUGUUAAAGUUUGUGAGAUGAUGUUCAGUCUGGCUUCAAAAUUAGCCUCAGCACGGGACACAGAAAAUUCCGAGAUGAAGACUGGACCAAAGGAUUGUUCCCUGAUUGACAGCUCCGCUUUAAGCAGUAGGGCUCCGGUACAGAAGACAUGUGGCCACCCGUCACAGGCAGAGGGCGCCACAGCGAAGGUCUGUGCUCCUGAGUGGGACAGCCAAGAGCAGCACCUCCUGGAGAUGUUUCCGAAAUGCAGUGUGACAGAGGCGAGGAGCGCCCUGUCCAUUGCCAAAGGAGACAUGGAGGAGGCUGUGCGCCUCAUUAUUGAAGGAGACAUCCAGCUGAAUAACACUCCUCCUCUGGAGACUAAUCCUGGGAAGACUGUAUCGGUGCAGGCUGAUCAGAGGCUGAAAGCGAGCAUUUUGGAGAAGUACAUGUUGGUGGACAGCGAGGAAGAUAAGAAAACCCACAGACCUGUCAUUCCAAAAGACGCUCCAAAGAAGCUUGUGCGUUACCAUGGCAGCCAGGUGGUGACCACAAAGGGAGAGCGCUACCACCAAGUCAAGAAAGACGAGACAGAGGACAUAAAGAAGACUUACAUAAAUCUCAAACCAGCUCGGAAAUAUCGCUUUCAUUGA